AUGUUCUCCUUGUACCACCCCAAAUGCCCUUCUCGGCACCAGCCAACACUCACGGCUGCCUCCAAGGCCCGUCCGAUUUCGGUCUCGACAAUCGCAAUAGGCCUUGAGCUACUCUUCUCUUUGGUCGUGCUCCUCGUCACCUGCAAAGCCUACCCGGACAAGUACAGGACUCUCCUGUGGUCCAUCGGUGGAGAAAGGGGUUGGAACUCGAACCUGGACCUCCGCAGCUACUUUUAUGCCAACCACAGGGAGCCGCCCGAGGUCCCACUAAUUUGGACUCAAAGUCUUACUGAUUCCACCAUGGCCAUCGCCGUGCUCUCUUUUGUCCUGUGCCUGGCGCGCGUGGUUUUACGCUACUAUGAUGCCGCAUUCCUCGCCAUCGACGUACUUUACGACGGGCUCCUGGCAGCGCUUUGGUACUACAAUGUGGCUUCUCAGUCCUCGCCAGACCUCACGGAUCCAAAACACCUCAGCAUGCGGCCGUGGUACCUGGACAGGAGCUGCAGUGUCGUUUCGGGCCAUGCCGAGGGCGCUUGUAUUGUGGCAAAAGCGACGUUCUAUCUGGCUGUUUGCUCAAUGCUACAGAUAAGUCGAGAUCAGUGCUUUAGACAUGAUUUGGAAUACCGGGACAAUGCCGAGUCAAAGGUCAUGUCCGUGUAG